AAGGAAGAAAAUCUCAGCAGUUGUCGGGUGUUUUCCGCGAAAUGCUGCUGCCACUCAGGUGGCGGAGAUGCCUGCUGCCGGCGGUGUGCCUGCCGCGAUCGGGAAUCGGGAAGCCCUCCAUUUUCCACGCCUUGGUGGUCACCUUCUUGCACUACUUCUCGUGGGGCCUCCUCACCGUGCCCUUCAUCGCCAAGCUGUCGGAGUCCUUUGGAGAUCGGGCCUUUCUGGUCGAUGGCUUGGUCUUUGGGAUCCGGGGAAUGGUCUCCUUCCUGACCACGCCUCUACUGGGCGCCCUAUCCGACUUCCGGGGCAGGAAAAUCGUGAUGCUACUGGCAGUGGCCACCACCUACUCGCCCAUCCCCUUCAUGGUCAUCCCAGGCUGGAGCUUCUUCGUCCUGGUGACCCUCAGUGGGGUCUUCGGGAAUACCUAUUCCGCCUCGCUGGCCUACGUGGCGGAUGUGACUGCCCCCCAGGAGCGAUCGAGGGCCUACGGGAUAAUGUCCGCCACCUAUGGAGCUGGGAUGGCCCUCUCGCCCAUGUUGGGCAACUACCUGAUGGACUCCUUUGGAACCACGACCAUCAUGGCCUUGUCCUCCGCCACUGGUUUCUUGAACAUUUUGUUCAUCAUCUUUGCGGUUCCGGAGAGUUUGGCGGAAAGGAAGAAGUCUGAAAGCCUGGUUCUGGAAGGGAUAUCUACCAUUAAGCCACAGGAUAUGAAGGUCCUGAGAAGCACUAACCAUCACGAGAAGGUCAAGUUUUCAAUAAUUGAGGAGAAAGUUCACAACUCUCAUCCGAAAAACAAGAAAACUAAGGAAGACAGGAGUUCCAAGGAGGAAACUGCAUAUCCUUUGGGGGAAGAAAGGACCUUAACUACUCCUAAGGACAUCCCCACCCAAAGAAAGAACCUCAAAGUCUCCGACCUCCUGCAAGUUGUAAGCCAGCUCUCCCAGGACCGGAGCCUCCUGGCCGUCUACCUCAUCAGUUUCCUGGGACUGUGGCCCUUUGCCGGAGUGGACUCCUGUGUGCCCACCUACCUGAAGCUCAACAUGGGCUUCAGCUACGGGGAUGUGUCCCUCCUGGUGGGCAUGGUGGCCCUCAUUGGCAUCACCUCGAACCUCCUGCUGGGCUCCAUAAUGCGCCUCCUGGGGGCCAAGUGGGCGAUACGACUGGGCCUGGUACUGAUGAUGGUGCAGCUCCUCCUCUUUGGCUUUGGAACCAGCCACUGGGUGUUGUGGUUGGCUGGCAUCCUGGCCUCUGUGUCCACCAUCAUCCAGGCGGCCUGCAGCACGGUGGCUUCUCUCUACGCCGCCCCGGAGAACCAAGGAGCUGUCCUGGGAGUCCUCACUGGGAUUGAGAGUCUGUGCGAUGGUCUGGGACCAGCCGUCUUCGGAGUUCUCUUUUAUCUUUUCCAAGAGGAUUCCAAGGAUCCCCAGGAAGCUAAGCCCCCCAUCCCAUUUCCCUUUGUAGUGGGCGCCCUUGGGGUCCUGGUGGCUCUCUUCCUCACAAAUUUCUUAAAAAAGGAGUCUCCUUCGGAUAGGCAAAGGCUCUACAGGAUUUUCAAGGAGGAAGAUGUCCUGAAGAAUGAAGAAUUUUAAUUUUUA